AUGGCAAGAAAGGUAUCGAAACAUUCAAGAGCGGCUAGACGUGGUGCUGACGAACUUCCGGAGUCAAAACAGCUCGAAGAGGUACCUAGAGCUCAGAGAACUGAUCUGGCGAAUAUACUGACGAGAACAGCUGCCAAGAAUGAAGCACUGUUAGAGGCUAGAUUACAGAGAAAGAAGAAACACCGUGUGGGAAAGAAGGGGCUAAGGAGCAAGUUGAGUGAAACUUCGGUUGGGAGCGAGAAAGAAAGGUUUCAACGAGCAUUGGAUGUGGCUAGUAGACUUGAUGGUAAGAUCGCUAGAUCUAUAUCGCGAGCCAAAUACGUGCAAACGGCCAGAAAGUCCGGUUGGGAUAGUAUUAAUGAACAGAUUAGGAAGGAAACUGUGCUGACGAGCGGUGAAUCAAAGGAUAUGAAGGAUGUAAAGGAUCAAGAGGAUGCGAUGAUAGAUGAUGAGGAAGAAGUGACGGCACCGGAGAAUGGGAACCAGGCCAGUAACUUGUUUGGCGUAUUGACAGACGACGUUGAAGUUUAG